AUGCCUGUUCUCAAUUUCGAUUAUCAGAAUGCUACCCGUAUCAUCUUUGGAAAGGGCCAGAUCGCCAUGUUGCCCAGUUUGAUUCCCAAGGAUAAGAAGAUUUUAAUGUGCUACGGAGGUGGUUCCAUCAAGCGUAACGGAGUUUACGACCAGGUGAUGACUGCCUUGAAAGGUUACGACAUUACUGAGUUCUCUGGAAUUGAGGCGAAUCCGGAUUACGAAACCUUGAUGAAGGCUGUUGCCAUUGCUAAGGAGAUGGGAACUGAAAACGUGUUCGUUCUCUCUGUGGGAGGCGGUUCUGUGGCCGAUGGUUGCAAGUUCAUUUGCGCUGCUGCGGUGUACACCAAGUCUACCGAAUACUACCAGGAUCUCUGCAUUGAGGGUGGAGUUAAGGUGGAUUGCGCUCUUCCUCUUGGCGUGGUGCUGACUCUUCCCGCCACCGGCUCUGAAUCCAACGGAAACGCUGUGAUUUCCUACAGAGCGAAGCACAUGAAGUAUUGCCUGGCUUCUCCCUACGUGUACCCGAAGUGGGCUAUUCUGGACCCUGAGACGACCUACUCUCUGCCUGCUCGCCAGACCGCCAACGGUGUGGUGGACUCGUGUGUGCAUGUGUGUGAGCAGUACGUUACGGACUGCAUCGAUGCGGACGUCCAGGACCGCUAUUCCGAGGCCCUGCUGAAGGUUCUGAUCGAGAACGGAACCAAGGUGAUGGAGGACCCGAACAACUACGCUGUGCGCGCCAACAUCAUGUGGGCGGCCACGCAGGCUCUGAACUGCUGGAUCUGCCAGGGUGUGCGUCAGGACUGGGCCACCCACAUGAUCGGCCACGAGCUGACCGCGUAUUUGGGUCUGGACCACGCGCAGACGCUGGCGUGCAUUCAGCCUCGCGUGUUCCGCUACCGCUUCGAGGCCAAGAAGGCCAAGCUGGCGCAGAUGGCCGAGCGCGUGUUCGAUGUGAAGGAAGGAACUGUCGAGGAGAAGGCCGAGAAGGCGAUCGAGCUGCUCGAUAAGUUCUACACCGACGUCAUGAAGGUGCCUAGCCGCAUUAGCCAGUAUGGAUGCUCGCAGGAUAAGGCUUGGAUUGAUGACUGCGUGGCCAAGCUGGCGAAGAGCGGAGCCAAGUUCGGAGAGAAUGCUGAUAUCCUUCCGGAGGAUGUCAAGACGAUUAUCUUGCAGUCGUAUUAAGUGA